GAAGAGGCGAGGCGACGCGACUAACAGCAUCGUUUCUCUGGCGGCGUUUGUGACGGUGUAACUACUUAGGGAAACUUUUUACCGUUUAUUAACUUCAGAACAAAAAAAAUGCUGCUUCGUAAGGUGAGCCAGUCCUCCGCACUAUGCGGCAUCAUUCUGAGGAUUCCUCCCGUUCUCUCGGGGAGUCCGCGUCAGGCCGGGGUUGUUGUCGCUGUCUCAAACGCUCGCCUAUACGCCAGUCAAGCUGCUCAGGCCGUGUUGGAGAAGCCUGCGGCGGUGGGAAGUGAUGCUGCUACUAAAGUGGAAAAGAAGGCAGCUGCUGCUGCGGAAUCCAAAUCAUUUGCUGUCAACAUGUUUAAGGGUCAGAUUGCAACAGCCCAAGUGUUUCCCUUUCCUAAGGCCCUGAACGACGAGCAGGAGCAGUUCCUUCGGGAGUUGGUGGGGCCGGUCAGCAAGUUCUUUGAGGAGGUAAACGACCCUGCCAAGAACGAUAGUCUGGAGAAGGUGGAGGACCACACCAUGGAGGGCCUGAAGGAGAUGGGGGCAUUUGGCCUGCAGGUCCCAGCUGAUCUGGGUGGACUUGGUCUCUCAAACACUCAGUACGCUCGCCUGGUUGAGAUUGUCGGAGCUCAUGAUUUAGGUGUUGGGAUCACUUUAGGAGCUCACCAGUCAAUCGGCUUCAAGGGCAUUUUGCUGUUUGGGAACAAAGCUCAGAAGGAGAAGUACCUGCCCAAACUGGCCUCAGGCGAACAUAUCGCCGCUUUCUGUCUGACGGAACCAGCCAGCGGUUCUGACGCCGCCUCCAUUAAAACCACAGCCGUCCUGUCUCCCUGUGGGAAGUUCUACACCAUGAAUGGCAGCAAGAUCUGGAUCAGCAAUGGAGGUAUCGCUGAGAUCUUCACCGUGUUCGCCAAGACGCCAAUGAAGGACCCAAAGACCGGGGAGACCACAGACAAGAUCACAGCUUUUAUUGUGGAGAGGAGCUUUGGAGGAGUGACCAGUGGCCCACCCGAGAAGAAAAUGGGCAUCAAGGCGUCCAACACAGCCGAGGUUUACUUUGACGAUGUCCGCGUGCCAGCUGACUGUGUCCUGGGUGAGGUAGGAGGCGGGUUCAAGGUGGCCAUGAACAUCCUUAACAACGGGCGCUUCGGCAUGGCGGCAGCCCUCUCCGGCACCAUGAAGAGCGUCAUCAUCAAAGCUGUGGAUCAUGCAGCCAACAGAACCCAGUUUGGGAACAAGAUCCACACCUACGGCGCCAUCCAGGAAAAGAUUGCUCGUAUGACUAUGCUGCAGUAUGUCACAGAGUCGAUGGCCUACAUGAUCAGUGGGAACAUGGACAGUGGAGCUGCUGAGUUCCAGAUAGAAGCAGCAAUCAGCAAAAUCUUUGCUUCUGAAGCAGCGUGGACCGUGGCUGAUGAGAGCAUCCAGGUCAUGGGUGGCAUGGGUUUCAUGAAGGACCCUGGAGUGGAGCGUGUGAUGAGGGAUCUGAGAAUUUUCCGAAUCUUCGAGGGCACAAACGACAUCCUGAGGCUGUUUGUGGCUCUGAACGGCUUCCAGAACGCCGGUAACCACCUGAAGAGUCUGCAGAAGGCUCUGAAGAACCCCAUCGGUAACGCCGGGCUCAUUGCUGGAGAGAUCACAAAGAGAGCCAAAAGGAAGGCAGGAUUGAGCACUGGUCUGACUCUACAGGGGAGCAUACAUCCUGAGCUGGCACAGAGCGGUGACCUGACGGUUAAAGCCAUUGAGCAGUUUGGAGAGGUCAUUGAGAAGCUCCUGAUCAAACACGGCAAGAAGAUCAUCGAUGAGCAGUUUGUUUUGAAGAGAGUUGCGGAUUGUGCGAUCGACCUCUACGCCAUGGUGGUCGUCCUGUCGAGGGCCUCACGCUCUCUGGGUCAGGGCCACCCAUCAGCUCAGCACGAGAAAAUGCUGUGUGACACCUGGUGUGUGGAGGCCUAUGACAGGGUCGUACGUGAUGUGAAGCUUCUGCAGUCCGCUCAGUCCAAACAGCUCUUCAACAACAUGAGGUCCAUCUCUGCGGCUGUGGUGGAGAACAGAGGAGUGGUCUCUCCUCACCCCCUGGGUUUCUAAAUUACCACCCAUGCUCUCCAAAUCCUUUUUUGUGCCACGGUUGUUGACUUUUCUCGGUCACAUCAGUUUCCUUUCAUCAGAUUGAAGUUGAGUUUAACACAGGAUUCUGUUUCUUUCUAUCGGUUUUGGUGCCAUGUGCUCUUACCCUCGAGCGGCCUCGGAUUAGAGGAGUCAGAAUCUGUAGAACAGGGUCGAAGUGUCUCAUUGAUUCUACAGCAGCUAGCUGAAUGUCUCAGAAUGUGUAAGUGUGGAGCUUGUAAAUGGGCCAGUUUCUUUCAUGCAAGUGUAGCUUAUUAAGCUAAAGUUGGUUUUGUUGCUUUAACUCAGACACGAUCAAUGCAACUGUGGGAUGAAACCGAGGAUGAGGGUUUCUGUAAAAAGCAGUUUAAGGGUGUUAUGAAGAACAUAAUGUACUUUUAAAUUUGUUUUGAAAUGUAUUUAACUCUGUGUGCCGUUGCUGUACGCAAACGCCUUUUUCUGCAUGUUCAGCUCUUCAGAUCAAAGUCAAAACUGCCUUCGAAGCUGUGAAACGGAUGCUGUAUGUAAAUGUAGAAUACACCAUCAUCUGCAUAUCUAGAAACAAGAGGAAGCGGUGCUCAUAUUUAGGAAAGCAUCUGUAAUAUAACAAUGGAAUUUCAGGCAUUACUUUUACUAAACCGUUUAAUGCGAUCAAACUAAACAUGACUAAGUCAGCUACUUUAGUGAGGCUGGUGUUUGUUAGCCAUGUUUAAACGGGUGCAAUCUGGAUUUAUGGAUUACAAUCGCACCCUCAGCGAGCACUUGUAAACUCUGUAGAUUUCUGUAUGAAUUUGGUGUAUUUGCAAUGCAAUAAUCAUGUCAAUAAACAUGUGAAAGUC